AUGUGUAUUUUCCUUGGAAUGCAAACAGAAGAUGUCAUCGCCGAUUUGUUACGAAAUAUUAUUCCAGACAACUUAUUUCAAGCUACAUUUGCUCAAACACAGACAAAGUACAAGACAGGCGAUCCUAUAAAAGAAGUCAACGCGUCAAGUUUUUCUAAGAACCAAACGGAAAAUAAGAUCAGAAAAUAUUUAGAAAAAUCUGGAGAAGCUAAUUAUCUAGGUUUGAUAUCUGCUUGCACGCUCCUCGGACUGGCUGCGUCUAACCUGAAUGAAAAAGGCAGGCUGUUCUUGGACCUGAUAGAAUCUGUCUCCGCCACUGUUAUUGCAGUAGUUCGCUGGUUUCUAUGGACAACGCCAGUUGGCGUAAUCAGUCUUAUCGGCGUGUCCCUAGCAAGUGCCGAACAUGUUGGUGAAGUAUUUUCACGACUUUGUUUAUUCAUAGCAUCCAUAACAGCGGGGAUAAUCUUUCAACAGUUGGUGCUGAUGUCUGGAGUAUACUUUGCUUUCACACGACGGAAUCCCUACAAGUAUUUAAUCAGCAUUGCUCGACCUUGGAUGAUAUCAUUUGCCUCGACUACAACCGCCGUGGCGAUCCCCGAGAUGCUUGCGGCUUGUGAAGACAAGAAUAGGAUAGACAAGAGGGUGUCAAGAUUUGUUAUACCGUUCAGUGUUACCAUCAACCGAAGUGGGAGUGCUCUGUACAUAUCUGGAGCUACAGUUUUUGUUGCAAAUGUAACUGGAACAGAACUUCAUAUAGGGGAUAUCCUACUCAUAUGGCUUUUAGUAACUGUUGUAGCCAUGGCUAUCCCGGCAGUACCUAGUGCAAGCAUUGUGACAACUAUAAUGGUUCUAUCUUCUCUAAAUAUACCGGUUGAUGAUGUGGCACUACUUGUGGCUGUGGAAUGGUAUCUAGAUCGGCUGAGAUCAACAGGAAAUGUUGUCAGUCACACAGUUUGUGCAGCCGUCAUAUGGGUACUUUGUAGGAAAGAUCUUGAACAUGUACACAAGAAAAUUGAACUUGGAAAUAAAAUUGAGGAAACGAAUGUGACAGAAGACGAGAUUAUUGUUGACAAUGGUCAUAUUUCUGUAUGAAAGCAUAAGCAAAUAUCUUUGAUAAAUAAAACGUUAUUCGUAACUUGAAUGUGUAUGUGUCCAAAAGCGUUUACGUUUUUCACUUUCACUCAUUACAUUUCAAUCAUGAAAAUUGAAAAAUAAAGUAUACGAGUUACAUAUUGGUUU